AUGAAAGUAAGUAAAAAAUGGAAAAAAAUACAUGAACAAUUCACUGAAGAGUUAGCAAAUAAUGAUUACAAUUUUGUUGUCUACCUAAAACAAAAUGAUUUUACGCCUGAAACUCUGAAAAGUAGGAUUGAAGUUGAAGAAUUAAGGAAAGCGUUUCAAAACGAGGAAGAAGUUAUAAAACUUGUCAAGGAAUAUAGAGAUAUAAGAAAUACAGAACAAUCUGUUGAAAAAACAAAAACCAUAGAAUCAUAUCGAAAUAAAUUUGAAGCCUAUGCUAAUGAAGAAAAAGGUAUUGGAAUAUCUGAAGAAGAAUUUGCUGCUAAAAAGGAUGAAGAUAAAAAAAAAGCUGAACAAUUAUUUGGAGAAGCUAGUAAACAAGGGCAUCAAGGUGCCAAACAACAUUGCUUAGAUAAUAAAUUAGUUGGACUACUUGUGCUUCUCAAAGAACAAACAACUUUAGAAGAUAAGGCUAAAAUUUUGAAUGACUUAGAAGGUUUGGCAAAUUCUGGACAUAUAAACUCUUCGCAUUUCUUGGGUCGUUCUUAUACUCAAGGUGAUGAAAGGUUCGGUAUUGUAAAUGAUGAAGUAAAUAAAGUAAAAGGUAUUGAUUAUUUAGCUUCUCUUUUCUCCAAUCCUGAAACUAGUAAUGAUGUCCGCGAUGAAUGUUUAAAACUUAUCAAAGAUACCCUAACAAAUAAAGAGGAAAUAAACGGAAAGGGAUUCUUCCAGGUUUUAAAAACUGAAAAUAUAGAAAAAACUAUUAGUGAACUCUUAGAAAAUAACAAAACUAAAGAAGAAGUACUCAAAGAGAUUAAAGACCGGAUUGAUGCAGCAAUAAAUACUUUCUUAGAUAAUAAAAUCAGUGCAGUUGCUAAAAUUAGUGGUAAAAAAAAGAAAAUUAACAAAGCUGAAGAAGUUAAGGCUAUGAUUGAAAAAGUUGCAAAUUUGCCAGAUACUUCAGUUGAUACCUCUUCACUUAAGCAGAAAGUUGAAAGUAUAAUCGAAAACCAAAAGGAGACUAAAAAGAAAAAAACAAAGGAGCAAAUAGAUGAACUAAUUUCUCAAGAAGCACAAAAUAUUACAAAAAAUUAA